UUUACGACAGUUCGGGCGCUCUCGCCGGGCAAGCGUUUUGGGUUCGCGACUUGUGUCCGCACGUGUGCAGCUGGUUUGCGGCUGGUGAUCCUGCCUGUUGCAGUGGUGCAGCCACAUUAAAGGACGUAGUGGGAGUGUAAGCGAAGGAUCGUGAUCUGAUGGCAUUUGCUGCUGAAAAUGAAGUGGCCUCCGGAGGAGAUCUCCAGAGGGUACCCGAGGGGGCGCGGCUAAGUCCUGAAUCUGGUAGGGAGGUGGAGGUCAGGGACUUUGCAGGAAUGGAGGAGGCUGGCGGUGGAGAGGAGAGGAAUGGACGUACAGGAAUGAAGAGGAUAGAGGGUGCAGAGGAAGGAAGUGGGCAAAGCUCAGUGGAGAUGCAAAUGGACUUAACAGUUGUGAAGCAAGAGAUUAUGGACUGGGCGGAUGUAAAAGGCGGCAUGUUGAAUACGCAGUGGGUAAAGCAGGAGGUAGAAGAUGGGGCUGAGGUGAAGGAUGAGAAAGCAGGCAUACUGGAAGUGAAGCAGGAGAUGGAUAGUAGUUUGGUAGUGAAAGAAGAAAAGGUAGAUGAACCAGAUAUGAAGGAAGAGAAAGUGAAGGUGAAGGAAGAGGUAAUGGAUUGGCCGGAAGUGAAGGAAGAGGAGGAUAAUUUGGAGAUAAAGCAGGAGAUGUUUGUUGAUGAGACUAUAAAACGGGAGGAGAUGGUGGAUGGAGUGCGUGUAAAAGAAGAGGAGCAUUUCCUGAAGAAAGAAGUAAUAGAAGAUAUAAAGGUGAAAGAAGAGCUUCAUAUAAAUCCCCCAGUGGGCUGCAAGCGAAAACUGGCCAUGUCAAGAUGUGAAACUUGUGGUACAGAAGAAGCAAAGUACAGAUGUCCACGUUGCAUGCGAUAUUCCUGCAGCUUACUCUGCGUAAAGAAACACAAAGCAGAACUGACAUGUAAUGGAGUUCGAGAUAAAACUGCUUAUGUUUCAAUGCAACAGUUUACUGAAAUGAAUCUCCUAAGUGAUUAUCGAUUUUUGGAAGAUGUGGCAAGAACAGCGGACUAUAUUUCUAGAGAUGCUCUUUUGAAAAAGCCAAUAAGCAAUAAACAUAUGUACUUUAUGAAAAAUCGUGCCCGAAGGCAAGGUAUUAAUUUAAAACUUCUACCCAAUGGAUUUACUAAGAGGAAAGAGAAUUCAACAUUUUUUGAUAAGAGAAAACAACAGUUUUGUUGGCACGUGAAGCUGCAGUUUCCUCAAAGUCAAGCUGAGUACACAGAAAAGAGAGUACCAGAUGAUAAAACUAUUAAUGAAAUUCUAAAACCUUACAUUGAUCCUGAAAAGUCUGAUCCUGUAAUUCGCCAAAGGUUGAAAGCCUACAUUCGCUCUCAGACCAAGGUCCAGAUUUUAAUGAAGGUUGAAAAUAUGCAGCAAAAUUUAGUAAGAUAUUAUGAAUUGGAUCCUCAUAAAAGUCUCCUUGACAAUUUGAGGAACAAAGUGAUCAUUGAAUACCCAACAUUACAUGUGGUGUUGAAAGAAUCCAGUAAUGACAAGAUACUUCUUCACCAAGUAAAAAGUGAACCUACCAAGAACCUUGGCAGUAAAAAUUGAGCACUUCUUCUGAAAGAAGAUGAAAAUUCCCAGACAGUUGCAGAAGAUUAUACAUCGAUGGACUAUUGGAUGGUUAGGUUAUUAUCAGUGGGCAGUGAGAAUGUUUUGCCUGAAAAGUAAUUAAAUAAUAUAAACUUUUUUUAACAACAUUUUCUAGACUCUUGAAUUAAUUGACUUCAGAGGCCCCCGUUUUAUAGUGUGAAACCCUUUUUGCACCUCAGCAUAGUCUUUAAUGUGCUUAAUUCUGUAGGCCGAAAAUGUUUUAUUUGUUGGUUUGAAUCAAAACCAAGCCUUUCUUCCUAUUUCACAUUAUCAGUUAAACAUUUUGAUCCGUAUUUACACUUUUAGUUUCUCGCACCAGAGAAACUAUUGGGUAAAGGUACAAAUUCCCAAUGAUGAAUGUAACUGUAUUGUAUACCUAAAAGGUACCAAUAAACUUAAUGAAAAAAAAACCAAGCCAACCUGAAGAUGACUGUCUCUAUAAUGGAACCUCACUAAAGAGAACCAUCAUGCUGUGUACCAUCUAGGCAAGGAGAAGUGAUCCUCCCAUCAGUUGCCUGUUCCUGUCUUUGGGAUUUAUUUGUAACUUAUCCCUCUUAAGGCAGUCUUUGCACUUGGGAAACUCCCAGUACAGUGUCUUCUUGCUGACUCAGUACUUAACUACUGUUUCUUAUAUUAAGUUCAGAAAAUCAGCAGCUCUGUACAUUGAACGAUCUGUGUUAACAGAUUUGACACUUCUUGUUCACACAAUUAGAUGUCUUAUGAAUUCUGUGCCUCUUUUUAUUCCCAAUCCACUUUCAUUACUGCACAAGCAGAGGUAUUGUGAUGACCAGUUUGGUAUAGUAUUUUGAUAUAUCCAGCAGUAACUAAAGGAAAAAAGAAGACACUUGGAAUUCAUCAGUGUAUUAUUGAAAUGUGUAUGUGUGUAUUUGUGCAUAUAUAUGGCUUAAUUUAUACCUUAUGGCAGCUCACGGUUUGCUAAUUUUAUUGGAAUUUAUACAGUUAUGAAACAGCAAUAUGUCUAUAAAA